AGAGGGAGACGGGACCAGUGUCAUGGAGGCAGGUCUGCCUGGUGGCUGUCCGUCGACCUGCUCCCUUGCUUUACCUGACAGCGCUCGCCAGUGUUUCGAAAGCCGCGUUCACCGAUGGGUCGACUCGCGAUCCACUCGUGAGCUCGUCAAGCUCGCCACGCUCGGAUCGUCGACCCCCUUUUUUUUUUUUUUCGAAAAGAUCAACGACGCCGGGACCCGUUCGUUCGUCGUCUAAUUCCAAGUGGAGCCCGGUCGAAUCGACUUGGAAAACGGAAGCUGUGCGUGUCUGCCGCGGGAGAAGAACACGUUCGAGGGAAACGGAGUGGGUGAACACGGAGGAGCAUAUAGAGGGCAAUACAGAGAGGGAGAGGUAGUGGAGAAAGAGGGAGGAAAGUGACACGUUGCGAUACGAUCGAUCCAACGACCAAGUUAUACGUGCGUUUUAAACGAACACGCUCCGAAAACACGAUCGGCACAAUGUGCUCGUGACAAGAGCGUUUUUUGGAGUCUCUCCUGUGACCGAUCGUGUUCCUUUUUUCUUUUUUUUUCUUUUUUUUUCUACAAAUUAAGUCAGAAACAGCGGGUCUUUUCGCUGCUUGUUCGUCGGUUAGAGAAGUUUGAGAAUAUUAGAAAGAGUGGAGGAGAAGAAGGAGGAAGAGAGGAACGUAUAACAGAGACAGUGAAAGAUACAGGCCCGGAGGAGGAAACGGAUAAAACGUGGGCGUUGAGUGAUUGUUGUCGGUGCUAGUUUCCAUUGGGAGUCAUGAGAGAUACCAGCGAUAUGAUGGAGGACUCCUUGUCCGAGGAGACGAUGAUGGACUACGAGGGUGACGGAGGGGAGUUGGAAGAGCUCGUUGAUCUGGCAACCGACGUAGCGGAUUCAUCCCCGACAAUUCGAGAUGCCGCGGAGAGGUUGCUGACGUUACUGGGCGUGGACGAGGAUCUCGAGGACCUGGUGUCGUCCUCCGAGGACGAAGGUGUCGAACUGGACGAUCUCGACGAGGACGAGGAGGAAGACCAGCGCGAGAACGCCAGGCUGUUGCAUCAGCUGGCCGCUUCUUUGGCUGAGGAAUUGAAGCAAUCUCAUCAGAAACAGACUUCGAACAGGCUCCUGGCCAGAGGUGAUCCCUUCGAUAGGGAUCGAAUGGAGCUGAUUGGGACGAGUUACCUGGAACACAGUUGCCUUGAUGAGGUCGAAGACCCGAAAGGAAGCAGCUGUUAUCGAGACAGCGUGGCCGAUAAGUGUCACAGACAAGAUUCGUCUCGUUCGUUUGGCAAACAACACGCGAUCUUCGAGCCUUAUCAAUGUUUGGAGGGCCGUUUGAGGAUGGUCCAGGAGAGAGAUGAAGGCAACAGCGACGUUGAGCAAGUUCCAGCGUCAUGGAAUGCCGGCUGGGAUGCCUGUGCCACGGAAGCCCUCAGAUAUCUCGUGGAGGACGAGGGACUGCCGCCUCAUCAUCCUACGGUCUUGGCGAUGAAGGAUCAUCUGGAACUCCAAAGGGAACGCGCCUUUGCUCGAUACACCACGUAAACGGGUCGCUCUGAUUUUUAUCGGACGAGGUACUUCUUUUUUUUCUUUUUUGUUUAUUCUUAAAGGGAAGCCCGUCUGGCUUUUACCGAUAGGAACGAUCUCAGUGAUGGAGAGCAAUCGCGAGCCGAACAGAAUGGAAACGAGGGGGUAUUUCCUGUUCGGAAGAGGAGGUUGAAAGAUGAAUGUGGGGAUGGAUGAUCGGAGGUGGCCAGAUUCUUGUGGAAUUAAGGGAGUCUUUGGUAAUAGGUGUAGUUAUGGGUCCGGGGUGGAGGAAUUUAUAAGAGGAUUAAUAACUACGUACAUUAUCGGUUGGGAAGUAUUAGGCCACUUACUGAGCGUAUUUGAAAAUUAAUUGAAAGAUUAUUAAACGAUGAGAUUGUUAACAAGUGAUUAGUAAAGCGAUUAGCCUCGAAGAUUGUUACUUGGUUUCGAACCUACGUAGACAUAUGAGAUAUUUUUCUAAGGUGCAGAAUUAUCUCAAGUUCGUUUUAUAUAUAACUUUUUUCUUAAUAACGUAUUAAACAUGUCCUUAAAAUAUUACGAGUCUUUCUGUACUUUGUACGAAUAUUUCUUAUAAAUUCUCAAGUACGAAAUCAUGAUCAAUUAGUAAUUUCCUUGAUAAUUUGAACCAGCUAUCGCAUCUUAUAUCGAACCAUAAAGUGUCCUAAUACAUUGAUCAACUCCAUAAAAUGAGAACUACAAAAAAAUAAUGACGUUACAAUCGUUAAUGUCUUUUAAGUCAUAUUAUUAUUAUAUCACCUUGUAAUAAAUAACUAAUGGAAAUAUGUAGUUUAUUUUUCGAAAAUCAAAUACUAGUCGCGUAUCUGUGUGACAAAAUUGAGAAAUUUAAAUUACUCGAUUUAAAUAAUUUAAAUAAAAGCCGGAGUUGAUCAGUUUGGCUUUCAAGAGGCUGGUUUAUGAACAGGACUGUAUUUACCUACUUUUCAAGAAAACCUUUUCAAGAAAAAUCUAGAAAAGGUUAAAACGUUGAUAUUCGACUUCUGAGAUAUCUUAAAGUUUGGACUUCAGCAGCGAAUUUCAAUGGUUAUACACUGGAAGCCUCGUGUCCCACAUUCACUUUUCAAUCAUCUCGAGUGGAAGCUUCGUGAUCGUCCGCACCUUGGCGAUUUUGCUCGAGCAGAGAAGUUCCUGUCACAAUAAAAAGAAGGAAACAUGACGAAACGAAGAAGGAGAAUCUCUUUCCAUUCAGAAUAAAAUGCAUUCACCGUGUGUUUGUAAAGUGAACGACGCUUUCAUACGGCGCACCGUGAGAGAGACACUGUGCUCGUCAAGUAGAUUCGAACUUCUCCAUAGAUUUUUCUGGAGGAUGUGGCUGUGGCUUCGUUCCGGGCAACUUUUUUUCAAGACAAGUUUUCUCGUCGAGCAAUUACCGUGAGAAUGUCGCGCGACUGAUUUCUUCAUAGCUUUGUCGCACGUCGAAAGUGAACGCCCGCUCGUCAAUCCCUUUCUACGACCUUUCUCCUCACCUGAAAAUUAAAAAUUAAGUGUUAGAUCGUGUAAUAAGUUCGUUCGCAUUUCCUUGACAGAGCACCAAACUUUUAUGUAACAUUACUUUCAUAUAAGAGCUAUUUAAUCGCCGAUCUAUCCUUUGCAAUUGAAUCGAGCAACUUAUCACAUUCAUGUGGUUAUUUAAUAAUUGAUAUUCUACUCACAUUCUUGAUGUUAUUUAACGAUUAGCCGUGAACAAAAUUUUUCGAGCAUCGAAAUAAUAGAAGGAAACAGGAAUAAUUUCACGAAGAUCCAAGAACGUUGUUCUUCCUUCGUUACUAUCGUUAGAUAAUAGAAUUAUAAGCAAUAUGUAUAUUAUAUCACUUGUCAUAUAUCGACCAGCUAAUAUAGAUAACGUUUAUAUAAAAUUCCUGAGAAUAUUCAUCAGAAGACAGAUGAACUUGUUACACGAUUUAAUAAAUAAUCAGCCAAAAAUUCUAAAAACUCUAGGCUAAUUAAUACUAAGUACUAUACUCUUCGAAGAGUUGAGAUUCACGUUUGACGAAGGCUUCCAGCGACAAAACGAUUCCGUUUUUUACUAGGCAUUGUACAGUCACUGAUAUAUUCCGUUUUUGGCUAAAAGACGAUCGUGGAUCGAUAGAUCUGCGACUCCUCAGGUUCCUACAUCGAUGAUACAGCAGAAGGAGGAUGAACUUAACAUCCAAUGGCGCGUACAGAUUCACGUGUUUGCAUUCAAUUACCAAAUCAGCAUACUUUUCUUUUUUAUUAAUUCGUCCAACCAUAAAGCGAGCCACUUUUUUUUAUCAUUUUUUUUUCUUUAGUAGCACAAUUUUGUACUGGUUUUCAUGUAUCGUCGUUAAUAAUAUUAUAAUCGCCAUUCUUACUAGCAUUAUCGAUUAUUUUUCUUUUCCAUUUUUUACUAUUAUUUUUUUUUUAUUAUUUUUUUAUAUUAUUUAUUGUACCCUUAUCGUGUUAGGCUAAGGAAAUAAAGUUCUCUCUUCUCGCACGCUUUCGAUCCAUUGGACGUUAGAUUCACUCCACGGAAAACGAAUGUCAAUAAACGAUGUCAAUACGAAGGGGUUCAUACGCUGGAUCGAUAUGAACGAGAGAAAAAAAGGGCUGAACAUCCCAUGGGGCAGAAUUUCUUAAUUAAUGUCGACAAAGAGAAACCUGUAGAUUUUUAUCGUGUAUCGCUUUCGACUUUUUAACCCUUCAAAAUUGCAAAGAAUGAAAUAUCAUGUUAAACAAGAUAUUAAAGAGUUAAAUUAUUUUCGAGGAUACGAAAAUAAUUCGAUCGAUCGAAUUUGCCUUUUUCCGGAAAAGUGAACAGAUACAAUUCACACAGUGUCCUGCACAUUUCAAUUUUUUUAAACAACAUAGUCAUCGUGUUACGUUAUUUUUAUUACCGCGAAUAUUUAUACGCAUAUGGGAAAUCUUAGUGUUCAAGUAUGUACAUAAUGUUCAAAAACAUAUAAACUAUACAAUAAACUACACAUCUGCAGUCUAGUGCGUCAGUUUUAUCGAUAUCGACUGAUUUUGCACAUUUGAAGGGUUGAAAAGCGAGGAGAGACGUCCGUUGAAAUCAGAACUAAAUACUCCUAGAACAAACUUGUAGAUUAUUUUACCGUAACCGUGUGAUAAUUCGAAAUUAUCAAGUUUUUUAAUCGUUCGAAUAUUGCAUCGCAUUUGUGCCCGUUUUCUCAACAUUUUCACCAAAAGUUUACCAAGUGCCUCUGUUUAAGUCAGGCUCGUAAAUCUUGACCCCAUAAAUAGACGGUGGAUUUUUAUGCAAAUUCUUAUUUUUGAAGAUAAACAUGAAGCAAGUAGAACUCUCGGUAGAAAAUUGUUUUGCCUGCCAAAUAUUAUAGGAAGCAGUAUACGUUGAACAUUUUAUACAUUUUUUCAUAUUACAUGCACUCUGUGCAGUUUCCAUAUAAACGUAUAAAAAUCUGCGUAAGCUAUACUCGUAAAACUUACUGUAAACCCUAAUUUCGAAACAGAAACGCUCAAGAACUUAUAAAAGAAAAAGGAAAGGAAAAACAGUGCAAUGCAAUGUUCGAUCGAUUCCGACAAAAAAUUCGUAUACGAUUGGGGGAUCCAGUGUCGUCGAUGGAGCGACGAAAAUAUUUAACGCUAGCUAAUAUCGAAUUCUAAAAAGACAGUUCAUCGAUUAGAUAGGUUUAUAGAAUAUUUCUAGGUGAUUAAGUCAGCGACGAAUCGUUCCUGGUGUACGAGGACAAUUGUUCAACGUCGACAUUGGAUCGAUGAAAAAGUCGUAAAUCGGAGUAUAAAUUGUGGCGAGUGAUUUUCGAUCGACGAUCGAACCUUUGAUCACGAAUCACUCGCUCGAAGAAUCAGAGAGAAUUUUCUGCCACGACCAUCGAUCUCGUGGAGACGACGUUCCAUUUCGUUUAUUUUUAAGCUUUAAUCUUUACGUUUGACUAUAAUUAAAUAAUUACUGUGCACGCAAUAUCAUUGAAAAAUUCGAUUUCAAUCUAUUACAAUCCGUUAUAAAUAGACUGCUAGAAUACUCGUGCAGAUUUAUACUUUCACACACGUGAUAUAAAAAAUGAAAUCGAAGAGAAGAGAUCUUUUCUACUUAUUAAAUAUUGAAACAAAUAUUUAUACUCUUUAUGUAUUUUUAGGUAUUUACCGUACAUUUUAUGUAUUUUUAAAUACUAUGUGUAUUCUAUGGACUCGUGCACAGUUAAAUCUUUUAUAUAUACGUCUACCUAUAAUUUAUAUUUUUUAACGUAAAGAUCAAGGACGACUGGACGCACUAUUAUUUUUGUAACUAAUAAAAUUUCGAACGAAUAUUUCAUGUACAAGUAGUUUGAUUCCAUAAUGGGGAAUUUAAUGAAAUACUUGAAUGCUUUCCAAGUUCUUAAUUACCAUUUUUUAGAAUAAAAUUAUUAAUAGCUAGUUGCACAUUCCAAUACGAGUUUAACAAUAUGUGUAAUGCAGCAUUGAAACCAUUAAAGAUGGCAAUUAAGAGAGAAAUUCAGAUCUUUAAUUAAAUUACCUUUAUGAAAUCAAACAACUUUCACUUUCAUCGAACAUUUUUCCCUAUCUUUGAUAAUUUGGAACAUUGUGCGAAUAUUAAGGAAUCUGUUUUUUUCUUUAAUAAUCGAGAUUAUUCAAAAAUGGCUGGAAAAAUGAAUCACGCAGCGUGAAGAUAAAAUCGCGUGCCUCCUCUGAACGACAACUUCCUCCAAAUAUUUGCCAUGAACGCGUUUCUACGAGAUCGAGUCAGGAUCGACUCACUACUUGUACAUAUGUGUAAUAUAUCGUUUUAACUUAUAUACGACUAUUGUUACUUUUACAAUAAAUCAUUGUAGAUAACAUUGACCAGUAAAUAAACGAACGCUAAGUUAA